AGACUAAUAUGGCGUCCAGCAGCUGCUGUGAGUUUUUAUUUUAUGACGAGUUUAAGGUUAGUUUUUAUUGGUUUUAAUGAUGGAUUUAGAUGAAGGCAGCAGUUUUUCUGUGGACGUUAUUCUCACACAAGCAGAAGAAGAAGCUCCGUUUUGUCCGCACGGUCCAGCACUGUUGUUUCAGAAAGUGUGCAGAGGAGAUGACGGCGGCGGUCGCAGGUUUUAUGCCUGCUCGGCCUGCAGGGACCGAAGAGACUGCAGCUUCUUCCAGUGGUACGAUGAAAAGGUGUCAGAAGCCAGACUGUUGGCCAGAGAGGAAGAGAACCAUUCCAAGAGACCACCAUUCAGCCACAGCGAGUACUGCAGCAGGUUUAAAAAAUUUGUCUCGCUCCCGCUGGAGGAGAAGAAGUUCUGUCAGGAUUGUCAGGUUCUGCUCCUUCCAGGAGAGCAUGGCGCCCACUCCUCCCACAAAUCCACCACCAUCACUGCAGCCCAGCUUAAGCGGCCCAGCGUGCUGCUGCGCCCAUUCCACAACAAGAAGAGCCACGCCCAGUACCUGUUUGCUGAACGCAGCGUGCACUUCCUGCUGGACACGCUGACACGGCUGGGCUACAAGAAAGUUCUUUGUGUCGGAACACCCAGACUCCAGGAGCUGAUCAAGUUACAGAACCUGGAGGAGAAUCGGGAACAAAUUAAGAGUCUCCUUCUGGACAUCGACUUCAGGUAUGCUCAGUUCUACAGCCAGGAUGAGUUCUGCCACUACAACAUGUUCAACCACCACUUCUUCAGCGGAGAGGCUGGCAGCAGAGUCCUGCAGACCUUCCUCAAGCAGUCUGAAGACCAGCGGCUGGUGAUGGUCGCUGACCCUCCGUUCGGUGGCCUGGUCAAACCUCUGGCCAACAGCUUCUCUCAGAUCUCCCACACAUGGAGGAAGGUGCAGAGUCCAAACAGUGCCCAUGUUGAAAUGGCCAUGAUCUGGAUCUUUCCUUACUUUUUUGAGUCUCGGAUCCUGGAGUGUCUGCCGUCAUUCUCCAUGUUGGAUUACCAGGUGGACUAUGACAACCACCCUCUGUAUAAACAUGGGAAGACGGGCAGGAAACAGUCUCCUGUCAGAAUCUUCACCAACAUCUCACCCAGAGACUUCCUCCUACCCAAAGAGGAUGGCUACAGGUUUUGCCCUGUGUGUGAGCGAUACGUGAGCGCCAUGAAUAAACACUGUGCUGAAUGUGGCAUCUGCCCCUCCAAGGACGGCCGUGAAUGGAAGCACUGUUCGCUGUGUCACAAGUGUGUGAAGCCAUCGUGGACUCAUUGCCCGUCAUGUGACCGCUGCGCCCUGCCGGCUCACCCGUGUGUCUGCACCCAGCAGAACGAUGGCUGCUUCCGCUGCGGAUGUUCAGGACACAAACGCCAAGCUUGUCCACUCGGAGACCAGAGUCAGACCUCCAGGUUUCAGUCCAAAGGCAGAACCAGAACUGUGUCCCAGGGUCCCGUCUGCAAAGCCAAGAGGAAGUACGGAUCGACUGGCAGAGCUGACAAAACGCCCGCUCAACAUUCAAAAAGUCCAAGACAGACUGUUUCUGUGUGACUCUUACAUGUCGACCAAUAAAAAGCUCUAAAUGACUGGAAACGGGCGGUUUCACUCACGACACAUUCUUCUUCCUCAAACGCCAUGAAAUGAAACAAACAAAAAAACAGCAUUCUGCUGCAGGUUUUGGGGGUUCCUGGUCUGAGCCGGGUUCUUCAGUCCAGAGAUGCAGAUCAGGACCAUGAUGUCCGAGGAACCGCAGGAAGAAAAUCACCAGCUUUAGAGUGUGUGGGUGUGUGUGCGCGCCCGUGGGUGGUUGCCUGCACAUGUGUUAAAUGGCGGUGAUGGAGAACGCCGGCCAACACGUCAGCUGGAGCCGCUCAGUGUUUUAGUAACACCACAGAGCAUCCAAGUGGUUUCUCUUUAGUCAGGUUUUUAAUGAGUCAGCAGUCUUUAAAAAUAUGAUGAAAGAAGAAUUCCCGAAGCCUUUACUCGGCAGAGGGAAAAACUAAAGUUCUCCUGGGAUUGACGUCAUGAACAUUUAUUACUGGAGCAGCAUUUGUUACUGUCAGUAAAUGAAUAAGACACACCUGCUCCUUUAUGACAUCAGCUCUAAACCACAUAGGAGGACCGGCUCCUGGUUGGUCCUUUAGGUUUGGCCCCAUGGUGGCAGUGUUGUGGCUGUGUGUGUCCUUUCACUCAGUGCAGAAGUACCCAAUGUUUCAGUGACCUUUAACCCUCUGCAGAUGGACUGGUGGUCUCACGGAGAACAGGCUCCUGCUGGUCACAUCCUCACCUGAAUGUCCACAACCACUAAGGAAACAAAUGGAUUUCAUCCAUUUUGGAAUAAGACUGACAUGACAAAAUGUGAAACUACUUUCGGGAUGAACUGUAUGUGUGGAUAAGUUGGGUUGUUACUGACGUCUGGUGAAAGUUUCAUGUCAGUAGCAACUUUAGAAAUAUACUGAGAAAAAUGGUGAUGUGUUCAAUACUUAUUUUACCCGCUGUGUGUGCUGGAGACGCUCGUGGACUCCACUGACGUGGAUGUCCACAUGGAAGGGUUUACAGACUUCAUUCCCUGGGUGGUGCUGUGGGAAUCCCUCGCUGCCACACCUGAGGAGCUGAGUGAGGACUCGGUGGGACGACUUGGUGCUGGAGGUCUUUGGACUGACAGUGUCCAUAGUAAUGAUGAUGAGUACCGCUGCAGAGACCUCAUACCAGAUAAGCGCUGACUGUGGGAAACCCCAGGGAGGCAAAGACAAUGCUGACGUCGACUCACCAAUGGGUCCAUGGAGUCACAGGGUUAAGGAGAGAAAGGUGGACUUCUGAAGUGACUGGAGGGUCACCUGCAGUGGCAAUUCUACACUCAGUUACUCCUUGGCCGAGACCCCCCCCACCACCAAAAAAGACCUUUAGCAAAAACAGCCUUUUUUAUUAUUAUUUUUAAGAUUAUAGAAGUGUCCCUGAAAUUGAAAUCGAUGGCAGGUCAUAUAUAUAUAUAUAUAUAUAUAUAUAUAUACU